GGCCACACACUCGACACCCAUGACCGAGAAGCCAAAAUGGCCAGCCGAUCGAGCCCAUCGCAUCGACGACAUGGUGGAGCAAUUCGAAGACAGAAUCGCAGUUGCAGACAGACAAACAACCCGCGUUACCUACAUGGAAAUGUCACAGAGGAUCGGGGCCAUAAACAGCACUUUGAGCAGAAACUGGCAUUAACAGUAAAUUCGGGG